ACCCAGAGAUGCCUUUGGUAUGUCUGUCUGACUUUGAGAUGUAUGCAAAAGAACAUUUACCCAAAGCCAUCUGGGAGUUCUAUGCUGCCGGAGCGGAUGAGUGCUGCACCAGAGAUGACAAUCUGAUGGCUUUUAAAAGGAGGAUUGCAGGAGAAACAGGCUUUUGAUCUUCCAUCAGAGACAUGACGUUUGCUACUCAAAAUCUUGAAGAUUUCUGUUCAAGCAAAGACUUAAUUUUGAUCUAUGUACCUUUUUUAUGAUACAAUUCUGUCAUUUCUAUGGCUUUAAUAUAAGUUGAUAUCAUAUGUGCAGUUAUUACUCCUUAUUUGGUGUAAAAAUGUUACAGAAAUUCAAUGAACAAAAUAUAUUUGUUUUCUUAUUCACUGGAAUCUUGUUACCCUUUUCCAAAGGCCACUUUUACUGUAUUAGCAAUGUUAAAUCCAUGUAAGGAUACCAUGGUGGACCAUUUAAAAGACAGAAACAGCCCCAUGUUGUUGUUAAAUAUUAUUAGUGAAAUUGCAAGUGAAAGUAAUCCUUACAUCCUGACACAACAUUGAACCUGCCAAUGCCUGCUCACUCUUAUUUCAUUAUUCCAUUCAUGACUUCUUUUCCUCAUUGUGCACAUUCAUUCAUUUGAAACACUCUUCUGUUAAUCUGCCUAUAUUCUCCUAGUAUUUCCCAAGUUCUUCCUUAAUAGUCCAAUUCCUAACAAAAACCUGUCUUUGCUCUAUUAAAAUAUGGGGCUUUACACGCUGUAACUGUGAAAGAAUUGAGUAAUAUGUAAAGCAUUCCAAGAGCAGCAGUAUAAAUCUCUCCCAGCCCAGGAUUCAACCAUGAUGUGUUGGUAAUUCAUGAACAGCCAGGUGAGCUGCUGUGGUCAUUUGGUCCUGUAAUACAGGCAGUCCCCGGGUUACGUAUGAGUUCCAUUCCUGAAUUUGUCUUUAAGUCGGAUUUGUACGUAAGUCAGAACAAAUACAUCCAGUAUUAUUUAGCGUCAGUUAGUCAAACGUUUGUCUUAGUAUAUAGUAUAUAUUUUACCUUUCUAUGCAAAUAAAACACUUAAGAAACGUAUGUAUUCCAAUAAUUAAACCACUGUGUUGCUUAGUAAUAAUUGUAGCUUUCCUCAGGGCAGGGCCUUUCACGUACUCCAUUAUUCUCACUAUAUCCGUUAUCCUUUAAAAUUGUUCCAAUCGUUGACUGAAUGUAGCCUAACGCUUUUCCAAUGACCGAUGGCGUUUCACCUCUUUCCAAAAGCUUUAUUAUUUCCACGUUACUUUCAAUCGCAAUCGCUUCCCAUCAACGGAACAGAAACACUGUGGGCAGCGGGUCCUGAACUGCACCGGCCCCCGAGGUCCGCUGGGUCCUAAGGACCACCGCACUGAAUUCCCCGGGUCCUAAACUCCACCGCACUAAGACAGGUUCAAUGGGACAAAUGAGGGCUGUGCUGGGUUUGGGUAUUUGAUCCUCCACAACAUUCUGUGUGGGAAUUUAAACUGGAGGUGGCAGUGUUUUUUUUAUGAGGUCGAGUUGCGAGCUUGACAUCAACCCGGCACGGAUGGUACAGGAGUCACUGGUUUGACAUCAACCCAGCACGGUAGUGGUCUGUCACUGGAUUGAGCUCGGGAAACUCCGUUCUCCAGCCCAGUGCUGAUCUCACUGCACCACCAGCCAACUGGAAUGGGGGGUGGGGGGGCAGGGUCAGGGUGAACCUUACUAAGAAAAAUUUAAGCGAAGUACAAAGUUAAACACUCAACACAGUGUCAACAGCAAUGAUUUAAAAUGGUGGAUGGCGUCGCGAUCUGACUUAAAAUGGCGGAUGGCAUUCCCCUUCCUCGGUUCAUAAGUACAAGUUGUCCAUAAGUCGGACGUUCAUAACUCGGGGACCACCUGUACUUCUCUUUCCUCCAAAACCGUGCAUCACAGACAGCAUCUGCUACAGAUAAUGGCUUACUCUCAAUGAUAAACAUUCUUACCAUCAUAUUAGUAAUGGCAGAAAGUCAGGAAGGUCUGUAAUGUACCACAUCAACAUAAUUUCUUUUCUUAAUUUAUUCUCACUCCACUUCAACUGACCAGCACUACAGUGACAUAAGCCGAUCAGUUUAUUUCACUGAUCUAAUGUUCCACCAGAGUCUGCCCCACCCAUCAAAGAUUCGAAGUAUAUUUAUUAACAAAGUAUGUAUAAACUAUACAGCCUUGAGAUUUGCCUACUUACAGACAAAGCAGAAUACCCAAAAUAAACCAAAUGAAAAAUAAAGACCAACACCCAAUGCGCAGAAGAAGAGAAAAAACACAAAUCAUGCAAAUAGUAGAUGCAAGCAACAGCAUUCUGAACCUAAUUGAGUCCGUAGACCCUGAAUCCCUGAGUAGGCCCAAAGCCUCAGUUCAUCAUGUAGUGGGGCAAAUCGCCACACAUAAAGAAAUGUACAAAGACCAGCAUAAACAUAACGCAGCAAAUUGCAGCCUCCACUUGGAACCCUGCUGGUCACAUGCUCAGAGUGGGAUCCAAAUGGGCCAGGAAUCAAAACCUCAUCUCCUUCCUCACCAUGGGUUACCACUAAUGCUAUUGGUUUGUUAAGUACAAUAAAACAUAAGCUCUACACUAGGCAUGGGCAAGCUACGGCCCGUGGGCCAUAUGCGGCCCGUUAAGCUUUUUAAUCCGGCCCGCAGAACUUGAUGAAAUUAUAUUAAUAAACCUUGUUAAUGUUUUUUCCCUGCGUUUCUGGCGUUUUCCCAAUAGAUGACGCACUCUAUAUACAUUGACCUUUGUUGAGGUGCAGCGUAUUACUCCACAUUUGCGCUUUACUCUUUGUUCGGCUCGACCUAUUUGUGUGAACAGGCGUUCAGCGUCAUGAACAUCAACAAAGCCAGCCACAGAUCUAAAUUAACUGACCAACACCUCAGAUCCAUCCUGAGAAUCGCCACAACAAAACUAAAUCCAGACUUUGAUGCGCUGGCUAAAAAGGGAGACCAACAACACUGUUCCCACUGAAAUUAAAAAUAAGUUUCUUCGUUGUGUUAUGUAAAAAAUGCAUUUGAAAAUAUUUUUUUCAAUAUGCCUUACAUGUUACAUGUCAUUUCUGUUAAGUGGUGGACAUGAGUAGUGCGCAGGUGCACGUACGUUCUCAAAAUAAAAAAUGCGCUCCAGAUCAAAUAACGCACUCCGCAUACUGGCGCGCUGUCACUGUUCUGUCUUUGUGCUGGUCGUUGUUGAGUUUUGGCACAGGGGACAAUUGAAUAAGAAGGAGCAGAACAAGUAGACCUGCAUCUCCUACCGUUUUUGAAAUAAAGACAGUCAGGAGGAGAGUGAUGAUGAUAAUAUCUUGAAGGAUAACAGAAUUUUCAGUGCUUUAAAAUAAUAACUGUUACUAUUAAAAAAGCUGUAUUUUAUUCAUUUAAUUUUCAGUGUUUUAAAAGUCAUUUCAAUAAAUAGCUAAAUACCAUGGGACUUCAAAGACAGAUAUUUUGUUGUAAUGCAUUUGUUCAUUUUCAAUUGAAAUUAAAGCACAUGUUUUCUACAUAUCCCAUGAUAUUUUAUUUUCUCUUAUGAGGUGUAUUACCAAAACACUCCGUCCAUCUGCUCCUGGUCCGGCUUCCCUGUCAAAUUUUAGAACCCUUUGUGGCAUGGACUAGACAUCCAGCAAGGUGGAAUGAGAAAAUUUACAAGGGUGUCGCCAGGGUUGGAGGCCCUGGGUUAUAAGGAAAGAUUAAUGGGUUAGCACUAGAUUCCUUAGAAUGUAGAAGAUUGAGAGGAGAUUUGAUAAAGAUAUACAAAACUAUGAGGGGUAUAGACAGGGCAAAUGCAAGCAGGCUUUUCCACUGAGGUUGGAUGGGACUACAACCAGAGGUCAUGGGUUAAGGGUGAAAGGUAAAAAGUUUAAGGGGAACAUGAAUGGAAACUUCUUCACUCAGAGGGUGGUGAGAGUGUGGAACGAGCUGCUGGCAUAAGUGGUGCAUGCAAGCUCACUUUCAACAUUUAGGAGAAGUUUGGUUAGGUACAUGGAUGGUAGGGCUGUGGUCCCAGUGCAGGUCGAUGGGAGUAGGCAGCUUAAAUGGUUUUUGGCAUGGACUAGAUGGGCCAAAGGGCCUAUUUUUUUUGCUGUACUUCUCUAUGACUCUAUGAGCAACAGUUCUGUGGGCAAAAAUGCCUUGAUCAUAAGAGGUCAGAGGUCAGAGUAAGCUGAUUCAAGCUGACAGGAAGGUGGCUGUGACUCAAAUAGCCAUCCGUUACAACAGUGGUGUGCAGAAGAGCAUCUCAUAAUGCAAAACACGUUGAACCUUGAAGUGGAUGGGAUACAGCAGCAGAAGAUUACAAACAUACACUUUAUUAGUUAUCUAAGGAAAGACGUCAGCGUCGAGCGUGCACUUUAAAAGGCAGGACCUCUUUUCAGAGCGGGCAGCAGAGUCCGUGGAAGCAGAGUCCUGGGCUUUGGUUAAGUGGGCUUCGGCGUAAGCCUGUGUGAUGGCUCGCUGAGGGGAAGAAGGUAAGGUCGCUAGGUGCUUUUUAGACUUAUUCUAUUAAUCCAGUUCAGGUAUGGGGGAGACAGUCAGAGCAGUGGUGUGCUCCGUAUGCAGUAUGUGGGAGGUCAGGGUCAACACAGUUGUCCCUGAUGACCACACCUGCAAAAGGUGCGUCCAGCUGCAGCUCCUAUCAGACCGAGUUAGGGAGUUGGAGCAGGAGCUGGAUGAACUACGGAUCAUUCGGGAGGUGGAGGCAGAGAUAGAUAGGAGUUAUCAGGAGGUAGUCACACCAAAAAAACCAAGAAGUAGGCAGAUGGGUGACGGUCCAGAGAGGCAGGGGGAGCGGGCAGUGAGAGCAGAGCACCCCUGCGGCCAUUCCCAUUAACAAUAAGUAUACCGUACUGGAUACUGUUGAUGGGGUUGACCUACCAGGAAUGAGUUGUAGUGGUCCUGCCUCUGGCACAGAGGUUGAACCCUCAACUAGAAAGGGGAGGAGGGAAGAGAAGAGAGCGAUAGUUUUAGGGGACUCUAUAGUUAGGGGGGCAGAUAGGAGAUUUUGUGGGGCAGAUCGGGAGUCUCGGAUGGUAUGUUGCCUCCCUGGUGCCAGGGUCUGGGACAUCUCAGAUCGGGUGCAGGCUAUUCUUGAGAGUGAGGGCAUGAACCCAGAUGUAGUGGUCCAUGUAGGGACCAACGAUGUAGGUAAGGUGAGUGAGGGGGUCCUGCUUAGAGAGUUCAGGGAGUUAGGAGUGAAGCUGAAAGGCAGGACCUCCAGGGUGACAAUCUCGGGAUUGCUACCUGUGCCACAUGUGAGUGAGGCGAAGAAUAGAAUGAUUAUGCACAUUAAUACGAGGCUGAGAGCAUGGUGCAGGAAGGAAGGGUUCAGGUUUUUGGAUAAUUGGUCUUUGUUCCAAGGACAUUGGGAUCUGUUUCAAAGGGAUGGUCUACAUCUGAACCGGAGGGGUACUAACAUUCUUGCAGGAGUAUUUGCCAGUGCUGCUCGGGGGGGGUUUAAACUAGAUGUGCAGGGGGCAGGGAUCCAGAUCCAGAGGGUUGGUCAGAAGGUGCAUGGGGUUAAAUGUGUACAAGGUUUGGGUGAUCUUGAGAAGGUCAUCAAAAUUCAGGGUGCAAUUUGCCCGAUGGAAGUUCAAGGAGCUGGGUUAGGUACAGUAGACAGUGUUUUAAGCAAAGAGAGGAGGAAUGGGCUAAGAAUUCUAUACUUGAAUGCGCGUAGUGUCAGAAAUAAGACAGAUGAGCUUGAAGCUCAGGUGAAAAUGGGGAACUACGAUAUUGUUGGGAUAACGGAGACAUGGCUGCAAGGGGAUCAGGCCUGGGAAUUGAGUGUACCAGGGUAUACGUGCUAUCGUAGAGACAGAAAUAUGGGAAGAGGGGGUGGGGUGGCCCUGUUGGUGAGGAAUGAGAUUCAGUCCUUAGCAAGAGGUGACUUGGGAACAGGGGAAGUAGAGUCUGUGUGGAUUGAGCUGAGGAACAGUAAGGGUAAAAAGACCCUAAUGGGUGUUGUGUACAGGCCCCCAAACAGUAGCGUGGAUAUUGGGUAUAAGUUGAUUAGGGAGUUAACAUUGGCAUGUACUAAAGGUAAUGCAGUCGUUAUGGGAGAUUUCAACAUGCAGGUGGACUGGGAGAAUCAGGUAGGUGCUGGACCCCAGGACAGGGAGUUUGUGGAGUGUCUAAGGGAUGUAUUUUUGGAACAGCUUGUGCUUGAGCCAACCAGGAACGAGGCUAUUUUGGACUUGGUGAUGUGUAAUGAACAGGAAUUGAUAAGUGAUCUUGAAGUAAAGGAGCCAUUAGGAAGUAGUGAUCAUAACAUGAUAAGUUUUUAUCUUCAAUUUGAGAGGGAUAGGGGCAGAUCAGAGGUGUCAGUGUUACAAUUAAAUAAAGGAGACUACGGAGCCAUGAGGGAAGAGCUGGCCAAAGUUAAAUGGGCGGAUGCCCUGGCAGGAAAGACAGUGGAUCAGCAGUGGCAGAUAUUCUUGGGCAUAAUACAAAAGAUGCAAAUGCAGUUCAUUCCAAUGAGAAGGAAGGAUUCAAAGAGGGGGAAGGGGCCACAGUGGUUGACAAAGGAAGUCAGAGAUUGUAUAGCAUUAAAGAAAAAGAAGUAUGACAGGGCUAAGAUGAGUGGGAAUACAGAUGAUUGGGAAAGUUUUAAGGAACAGCAGAUCUUAACUAAAAAAGCAAUACGGAGAGAAAAAAAUCAGGUAUGAGCUCAGUCUCGCCAGGGAUAAAAGGGGAUAGCAAAAGCUUUUUUAGCUAUGUGAAGAGAAAGAAGAUAGUUAAGAACAAUGUUGGCCCCUUGAAGAAUGAAUUGGGAGAAAUUGUUAUGGGAAACAGGGAAAUGGCAACAGAAUUUAAUGCAUACUUUAGAUCUGUCUUCACCAGGGAGGACACAAGCAAUCUCCCAGAUGUAUGGAUGGGCCAGGGUCAUAAGAUAUGAGAGGAAUUGAGACAGAUUGACAUUAGGAAAGAAACUGUGAUGAGUAGACUGGUAGGACUGAAGGCUAAUAAAUCCCCGGGUCCAGAUGGUCUGCAUCCGAGGGUUCUAAAAGAGGUGGCUCAGGAAAUUGCGGAUGCAUUGGUAAUCAUUUUCCAAUGUUCCUUAGAUUCAGGAUCAGUUCAUGAAGAUUGGAGAGUGGCUAAUGUUGUCCCACUUUUCAAGAAGGGAGGGAAGGAGAAAACGGAGAACUAUCGCCCUGUUAGCCUAACGUCAGUCGUGGGGAAGAUGCUUGAGUCCAUUAUUAAGGACGAAAUAGUGGCACAUCUAGAUGGCAGAAAUAGGAUUAGGCCGAGCCAGCAUGGAUUUACCAAGGGAAAAUCAUGCUUAACUAAUCUUGGAGUUUUUUGAGGGUGUAACAAGGAUGUUAGACGAGGGUAGGCCAGUAGAUGUUGUGUACCUAGAUUUUCAGAAGGCAUUCGAUAAGGUGCCACAUAGGAGAUUGGUGAGUAAAAUCAGAGCUCAUGGCAUUGGGGGCAGGGUUUCAACAUGGAUAGAAAACUGGUUGGCAGAUAGAAAGCAAAGGGUAGCAGUGAAUGGGUGUUUCUCAGACUGGCUGGAGGUGACUAGUGGGGUACCACAGGGCUCUGUAUUGGGACCACAGCUCUUUACGAUUUAUGUCAAUGAUUUAGAUGAGGGCAUUGAAAACUAUAUCAGCAAGUUUGCUGACGAUACUAAACUGGGUGGCAGUGUGACAUGCGAAGAGGACGUUAGGAGAAUACAGGGAGACUUGGAUAGGCUGAGUGAGUGGGCAGAUACUUGGCAGAUGUCAUUCAAUGUGAAUAAAUGUGAAGUUAUCCUCUUUGGAAGCAGGAACAAGAGGGCAGAGUAUUGUCUGAACGGUGUCGAGUUAGGUAAGGGAGAAAUGCAAAGAGACCUAGGAGUCCUAGUUCACCAGUCAAUGAAGGUGAAUGAGCAAGUGCAACAGGCAGUGAAGAGGGCAAAUGGAAUGUUGGCCUUUGUUACAAGGGGAAUUGAAUACAAGAGCAAGGAUGUUCUUUUGCAUUUGUACAGGGCCCUGGUGAGUCCACACCUGGAAUAUUGUGUACAUUUUUGGUCUCCAGGUUUAAGGAAGGACAUUCCGGCAAUUGAGGAAGUGCAGCGUUGAUUCACUAGGUUGAUUCCUGGGAUGGCAGGGCUGUCUUACGCAGAGAGAUUGGAGAGAUUGGGCUUGUACUUGCUGGAAUUGAGGAGAUUGAGAGGGGAUCUGAUUGAAACGUUUAAAAUAAUUAAAGGAUUUGAUAGGAUUGAGGCAGGAAAUAUAUUCCAGAUGUUGGGAGAGUCCAGUACCAGAGGGCAUGGAUUGAGAAUAAGAGGUCAGUUAUUUAAAACAGAGUUGAGGAAGAGCUUCUUCUCCCAGAGAGUUGUGGAGGUGUGGAAUGCACUGCCUCGGAAGACGGUGGAGGCCAAUUUUCUGGAUGCUUUCAGGAAGGAGCUGGAUAGAUAUCUGAUGGAUAGGGGAAUCAAGGGAUAUGGGGACAAGGCAGGGACUGGGUAUUGAUAGUGAAUGAUCAGCCAUGAUCUCAGAAUGGCGGUGCAGACUCGAGGGGCCAAAUGGUCUACUUCUGCACCUAUUGUCUAUUAUCUCCUAUACCUAAAAAAGUGACCACUAAGUGUAUAAUUAAAUGGAUCAAGGAGUUUAAACUAAUUUCUCACGUUUGGUAA